GAGACGGCCUCCUCUCGACGCUCCGGAGUUCAAAUUCACAAGCGGGACAACAACAUUAGCUAACUAGCUUGCCAGCCAGGCUCUAUAAAACUUAUCUAGGCUCUAUAAAACGUAUCUAGGCUCUAUAAAACUUAAUAUAUAUGGAAUUUGACGAAAGCCGCAUAAUGAAACAGACCAAGUCUUCAAAGAUGAGCAAAGAGGCGGACCACAAGCAGCGGAUGACUCUACACUGUCGGCAUUGCAACACUGUCUUGGGGGACUCUCACGGCAUUUGUGGGGAGAUAAAAUGUCUGGACUCUAUCUUGUGUCUGAGAGUAACUGAUGAUGUUGUUGUCAGUGCUUCAAUGGAGUUAGGACAGAAAGGGGAAAUGGCUAAAUGCAUCUACAGUUCUCUAGAAUGCCGCGUCUGUUGCUCUGCUGUGGGGAAAGUUAUUCACUCUGCCCCGUCGCGUUUGGCCAUGGUCCGCUCCCUGUUUCUCCUCAACAAAGCAAACAUCAGUUGUUACAUCUUCAAGCGCAGCUUAAUGGUGAAAGCAUCCACACUUACAUUUGAUGUGAAGCCCCUUAAAGAAAGCAUGGAUAUGAUGAAACUGCAGUUUGAAGUGCAGUUGGAGGAGAUGACGCGCAUUAAGAUCAGACUGGCUGAGACAAGUGUUACCAGCAAACUGGUCAAGAAGUGAGGACAAGCAGUCCAGACUGUAUUUCGAACAAAUCUCUGCAGAUACAUUAUAGGGCGGUAAAAAUGCACUCCUUCUAGAUAAUUAAAUUGAACAAAAAAAAAACGUUUUUCUCCAAAGAUGAUGUAAAACUAUCACUUUUCUAUUUGCUCUUUAUAU